AUGAAUGCGUUAGGUAUUUCAUCAGAUGAAAAAGAAGAUAUAGAGGAAAGGAAGAAAAUAAAUAUUAUGGAAAAAAUAAAUUUAGAAGUUCAAAAAGUAUUGAAAAAAAAAAUCAAAUUAAAAGAUUAUACUAUUUCAUACAAGGCAUUUAAUGCAUAUGAACCUUUGAAUACAUUUGAAAACAAGUCAGACUUUCAAGAAUUUAUUAAUGAAUAUCAGAAGGUAUCUUUAUCUGAAAUAAAAAGAUGCAGAUCUCAGCCAAAUCAAGUCCAAUCCGAACUAUGUAAAAAGGAAAAUAAUCGUAAGACAAGAAACUAA